GUUUUCGGGACGCCAGGAAGAAACAACUGAGUGCAUCCCGAUGAAUGGAAGUGACCAGAAAACUUCUGCUGUUUAAUCUAUAAUCCUCAUAAACUACAUAUUUUGCUCGUUGCAGCACCGUAGGCAACUGUAGACGAUAUAGUAUUACCGUGGAAGCAGAGAGCCUUCAGUCUGUCUCCAGCUGUGUUUAUGUCGUAAAGAUCCCUUGUAGUCAUGUCAGUAUCAGUGAUAAUAAAAUGGGGAGGGCAAGAGUACUCCAUCAGCUCUCUGUCUGAGGAGGACACUGUCAUGGACCUGAAACAAUCUAUCAAAUCUCUGACAGGAGUGUUGCCCGAAAGACAAAAACUACUGGGACUAAAGGUCAAAGGUAAACCAGCUGAAGAUGAGGUGAAGUUGGGCUCUCUUAAACUGAAGCCAAACACAAAGAUUAUGAUGAUGGGCACCAGAGAGGAAAGCUUGGAGGACGUCCUUGCUCCUCCUCCUGAAAACGAUGAUGUGGUUAAUGAUUUUGACAUUGAAGAGGAAGUGAUUGAAGUGGAGAACAGAGAGGAGAACCUGGCAAAAAUAGCACGUAGAGUAAAAGACUAUAAAGUGGAGGAGAUUAACCCACCCAGAGAAGGAAAGAAGCUACUAGUGCUUGAUGUGGACUACACUUUGUUUGACCACAAGUCAUGCGCAGAAACAGGUCAGGAGCUUAUGAGGCCAUACCUCCAUGAGUUUUUAACAUCUGCCUACGAGGACUAUGACAUUGUGAUCUGGUCCGCAACAAGUAUGAAGUGGAUUGAAGCCAAAAUGAAAGAGCUGGGAGUGACAGACAACCCAAACUACAAGAUCACCUUCAUGUUGGACAGUGCUGCCAUGAUCACAGUACACACGCCCAAGAGGGGAGUGGUGGAGGUCAAACCGUUAGGCGUCAUAUGGGGGAAGUAUGAGGAGUUUUACCAUAGGAAGAACACUAUUAUGUUUGAUGACAUUGGACGCAACUUUCUCAUGAAUCCUCAAAAUGGACUAAAGAUCCGACCUUUCAUGAAGGCCCAUCUGAAUCGAGAGAAGGACAGAGAACUGUACAAACUAGCUCAGUAUCUCAAAGAAAUUGCCAAGCUUGAGGACUUCACUGGACUGAACCACAAACACUGGGAGAGAUACCUCUCAAAGAGGCAACACCACUGAAAGUGAGACUUCUAUCCGAAAAGCUGCUUCUCAAAACAAACUUGACGAGUCCUCUUUUCAAACUACUCCUUUGAUUUCUCCAGCUCAGGACUCCACGGGCUUCCCUCCCAGUAUACUUUUGCAUGUGCUUUCUCCUUGAAAGGUCAAAACCUACCAGAACCACAAAUGACAUACAUGAACAAAGUGAGUUUUAAUGUACCUUAAUAAACAGUAUUUUCUAUGCUUGUCAAACUAGUUACCUAAAAAUAAUGCAAAUUUUCAUAUCUACAAAAUGCAACUUAUAGCAAUUCAAUUUUUAUUUCAUUUUUCUGCUAAUGCAGCACAUUCAAUUUUAGAAAAAUAAUUGUAAGAUGCUUUCUUUGGCUUUUUAUUAAUACUUGUUUAUUCAUCCCAAAUCUUGGGGGACUCUUCUGCUGCUAUGACUCUGUUAAUUCAAAGCUCAAAUGCCAAAUGGUUCCCUUAUUUUUGGAAAAAAACAAACAAACAAAAAACAUUUAAUAAAUUUGGCAUUGAAGGAAAAUGUAAAAAAAAAAAAAAAAAAAAAAAAAAUGAAAGCAAGUUUCUGCUUUGUUUGAAAUAUUUCUGCACUUACACAUGAAGACUGGCACUAAUUUUAGGUUAUGGAUUGUAAGCUAAGUGUUAUGUAUAGUACAUAUUUUGGGAUUUCAUUUAUUUUUCAUACAUUGUUUACAGGGCUCUGAGCAUAGGGAUGUUCAUUUGAUGUAAAAAAAAUGUGUGUUUGUGUUAGCCUAACUACAUCUUCUACAUGUAAAUAUGACAAGUAAACCAUUUUUGUAGCAA